CACCUCUCCACAUGUGCACACGUGUUAUGCUGCAUGUGGGACCAGUGUGUGGGAGUAUGACGUUAGUGAUGGGACCCUGCGGAGCGUAAGGAGACACCUGCACUCCAGGCCGAUCAGCCAUCUUCUGUUCUCCGAGCAGCUUCGCCUCCUAAUAUCCAGGAUCUAGAGAUGGAAGCAUCAAGGUCUGGGAUGAUGCAGCUCAGCUUAUGGCCGUGUAUGUGGGACACACAGGUCCUGUCACCGGGCUGUCUCUCACCUCUUCAGGGACGGUCCUUGUCUCUGGGUCAGAGGAUGCUUCUCUGCGGAUAUGGGACCUCACCACCCUGGAGCAGAUGGAGGAGCAGCGAGUGUCGGAGUCUCUGUUGGGACUGGAUGCUUUCUGCAGCAAUGGGCACUAUAUUGUUUCCUAUAGUAGCCAUGAGCUGCAUGUCUGGCAAGUCCAUAACUUGUACCAACUGCACUGCCCCCUGGAACCUCCUGUGACCAGCAUUACUGUCAGUGAAGAUCUCACGCCCUCCAGAGCCCUGUGUGUCUGCGCAGAUGCUACUGUGUGGCUCAUAUCUUCAUCCACGGGACAGGUGAUAGCAGCCCUGGAGGGAGGCGAGCGGCUGCUGGGUGCAGAAUACUGCGCACUCCAAGGCACGGUCUAUGCACUGCUCAGAGAUGGACACCUAUUGAAGGCCACUGCCCUGACCCAUCCCAUGCAUGUGGCUAGUAGGGUGAAGGUCAGCAGUCCACACAGUCUCCCCUGCUGCUUUAGCCUGUUCUCCUGCGCAGUGGACAAGGAGGCAGCAUUCACUGACAGCAAAGCAGGGAGCAAGCAGCAACCACAUGAAGGUUCAGGAGAGAAAGAACAAUUGUGGAACAGGAAAAAACCCAGAUUCUUCUGUAUAAUUGGAUACGAUGAUGGCAAUCUCCGAGUGUAUAAUGGCUACUCAAACCUCCUGCAGUGUGAGAUCGAGGCACAUAAUCCCGGCCAAGUCACCUGUCUGAUGUCCAUCCCGGGGAACCAUACCAUCAUAUCGGCUGGGUCCGAUCUGACAGUGAAGGUCUGGAGAUUCUUCCCAUACAGUGAGGAGAGCCUGAGUCUGUGUAUGAGCUUUUAUUGCGCUCAGCAGGUUGGACGCCUGUGCUCCCUCAAUUCUCAGCUCUUUGUCGCCUUCCACGACCCAUCCAGUGCAACCUACACGCUUGUGCAGUACUGUCUGAAGACUGGAAGACGAAACGACCACCCGUCUGGUGACGACCAUCAGGACCAGAUAACAGGUCUUUGUGCCAGCUCGGGACUGGGCCUAGUGGCCUCAUGUGGAAGAGACAGAACCAUCCGCCUCUGGACAGAGGACAACCGCCUGCUCAGGACCCUUCGUCUCGAUGCUCCACCUGAAAGCCUCUCCUUCUGCAGCAGUCCAGGUGAGGAGCUGCUGCUGCUGGUGGGGAUUCAUGGGCACAUUUGCCGGAUCGGCCUGAUGAAGUUGCUGCCUCAUCCAUACAAGCUGAAGGUAAUGUGCCUGGAGUCUCCCCCUGAUGCUUCUGAUCCCACCAUUCCUGCCCAGUCCAAUCUGACAUAUGGUUGUACAGAGGACAUGAAGAGGCGCACACAACCCUGCAGCCUCCCGCACAGGACCGCAGGGGACGGUUUCUAUGAUUCUGUGGAGAAAACUAAACAAAAUAAAACAGUACAAGAAGCAGGAGGAGGGUGCGGGAGACCGGGGCAGGGAGCCGACGCCUCGGCCAUGUCUCAGGAGUGUGGGAUACUAAGCUCCAGGGACCAGGAGCUUCACCUCAUCCAGAUGGGAAAACUGAGAUCCCGAAAAAGGACGAAGAACAACAAAGAGACCAAUCGGGAAGCCAUGGAGAAAUAUCUCCAGAUCAUCUAUGAGGAGAAACCGAGCUAUAGAAUUCCUGAACAGGAUGAUUUUGAUGCAGAAGAUCUGCUGAUGGCCUCAGGGAUUCAAGAGCCAAAAAUAAUUCCAUUCUUUCCGUUGGAGAGCAAUCGAGGAUUCUUCACGGAUUCAGCAUUAGGAUUCUCAAUUGAUUCCUUACCCAAACCUCUCCAGGCUUCGUUUUUGGCUUCCGGAGUCUUUCCAAACUCUGCUCUUCUCCAGAUGCUUUGGCCGAUGAAGAUUGGGGAGAACCUGAGACCAAAGAAAAGAAAAAAUGAGCAGAAGAUGAAAUGCACACAACCUGCGGAACCAAAUGAGAAAGAGAAAAGGAGUAACGACGCUGAGCAGACAAUGGAGGAGACGACCGAGGGGACGACCGAGGGGACGGCCGAGGACAUAGAUGAAAUACCGCCCAUCCUUCAGAACAUUCUAACCAUGGCAAAUGCAAAAAGAGCCUCGCCUCCUGUACCUGAGAUAAGUUCUCUUCAGUCACCUCCUGCCCAAGACCAGAAGCCGGCGAGAUCCACAAGGCCACAGAAAACCAAGCUGUCUCGGAUUCCAAGGCCACCCCCAGUUCAGGCAAAGGAGCCCGCCAUCCCGAUGCAGCUUCCUCCAUCACCUCCUCGACUGCCUCCCCCGGCAGACGUUGUAGACAGGCCGCCUGCUGCUUCUUCAGCAUCCUCCCAGAAAGACGAGCUGCGUGUGAGGAGCCCGGAGGGCCCACAGAUCCCACCAUUCAUCCUGCAGUUCCAGGAUCAGAGCUGGUUCUCCCUGGUUCUCCCUGAAGCCGAGGCACAAUAUUCAGAGUUUCAGCCCCGCCUCCUGCACGCAUUUCUCCAGGCUGGACAGCCAAUGAGAAGUCAGCUUCUAUGCGCGCUCCAAACUCUGUACCAACAAGGACACCUGAAACACCUAGAGCUCGUUUUCCAAACCCUCAGAGACGCCAUCAACGUAGCAGACCUGACGGUGAUUGAGGACCAGGAGUUUGUCUGGCACUGUCUACGCUUCAUGAAUGAUCUGUCCCAGGCAAGAAAAGAGCUGAUUGUGGAGCUAUUGGUGAUGUGUGUGCAGCUUCAGGACCCACAUAGGGGAAGGUUCAUUGCGCUGUUCCAUGAAUUUGGUGUAUAUGACCCCCAUGGGUUUAUUGCCAAGAAGUGUCGUUCCUGGGACAAUUGGGAUGAGACAAGAAAUAGCAGAGAAGCUCUGAGGAAAAUAUGUGAGGACUGGCUGCAGCAGUGGACUGAUCGCCUGAUGGACCACCUCCAUGCAGGGACCAUCUGGAAUAAAGAGCCACGGGCAUCACAUGGAGGAAAGAGCAUCAAAUGUCAAACAGUGAGAAGUCUGGGCGGUAACAGGACAAGACAGGAAGAUCUUUCAUACGAUGUCACAGCCAUCGAUGUUCUGAAUUAUUAUUGUGAUGUCCAGAUGAAGAGAGAGCUGGACGUGUUGAGGGACUGUGAACUAAAGCAUGGAAGCACGGUGCUGGCCCUGCCACCCAUAGACAGAAGGCGAGCUUUGCUGCGGCUGGGAGAGACUGGGAUGCACCGAAGACAAAGGGACCAAGCAGGUGGGAGCUUUCCUGCAGUUCGGCCACUUUGUUCUGAUAUCAUCCCAUUUAUUAACCUGCCUGUGAAGAAGGUGACCCUCAGCCCGUUCAUCAGCACUGAGGAUGCCCCCACGAGGACUCGUUUCACCGGCUCCCUCAGACAAGACAUUCAGCGAUAUUUCAUGGUCCAGCAGUCAUACAUUCAACGAUAUUAGAGAUGCUGAGAAUGAAGAACAGCCAUCGACCCACUCAUAAGCCAUCAGUAAUGGAAGCUCCACCCUGGAAUGAGCAUCGUGACUUAAAAGACAGGGAUUAUACUAAGAAUCCGUAUGCCAUAGAACCAGUCAUUGAGGUUCAGCCACCUCAACCAGUCCGCCAUUCCAGAUUCCAGUCCUCUAAAUUCUCUUCUGAAGUUUCUGCUAUUAUCAGUCUUCUUCUACUAAAGAGUCAUCAUCCAGCGGCGCCAUGGUGCGGCACUGAGGCUUGCUGAGCCAGAGCUUUCUUCUAAUAUUUUUACUUUUUAUUUCCUGAUUGUAUAUUUGUAUUCUAUUCUCUGUACAUGAUUAUGGGGGUGGCCAUCUUACCUGAGCCGCUGUUAACAGCAUUUAGAUUUAUGCCUUAGAGCAGCGACAUGGACUCUAGACACAGCAGACUCGAGGGGGACUUCAUUUACUGGUACAGGUCACUGUACAGGGAGGGGAAGUAGA